AUGACAGUUCUAAAGUCAUGGGUCCGGACCAAAACAGUGAUUUGUGUGUUAUCCAUACUGAUGGCCAUUGUUUUGCAAGUCACAAGUUUGAGUGGACCCAAUGUGUGCACAGUGAAACAGAAGUACAACAUAACGAAACGUGUGAAGUAUCGCGCUCCAAUGUCAGUGAGAACAUACGAGUGGUGCUUCUCAAUGCCGCCGAGAUGUUCUCGCUGGAAGACCGAGAUGAGAGACCUGACGAGACUUGAAACGCAGGAACGUACUGCAGACGUAACUGUGUGCUGUCCAGGAUAUAAAAUGAAGGAAGUUUCGUGUGUUCCUAUUUGUCCAAACGGAAAAACUGGCAAUAAAUGCUCAGAAGAAUGUCCACCAAACAAAUGGGGGCCAAACUGUGUGAAUAAUUGUAAAAAAUGUUUGAAAGGAACUUGCUCACCAAUCACUGGAGAUUGUGAAUGCCUGGAAGGAUGGCAAGGUGAGAGUUGCAAUAUCCGCAUGACUACACAACCCCCGCCUGCACUAAUGGAAGAAAUACUAACAACUACAAAGUCUACUCUUCAAACUUUACCUCCCUUUACUAAAACUGUUGCCACUACCAAAACGGUUUCUUUAGAAUCGACAACACCUGUGACUUAUAAUAGUCCAAUAUCUACUAAAUAUGCCACAACUCUUAAAACUGAAGAAAUGACGACCUCUACAAAAACAACUAUGAUAGUAGCCAAUGAUGCAUAUAGUAAUGUUGCUUUACCCUCCACAACUGCUGGUGCACCAAUGUCUAUAGAUACAACUCAGACAGUGCCAACUACCUUUGUUUACAAUAGAACCGAAACCCCCACAGAAGGUACGUCGACAAACUUAACUUCUGCGCAUGUAACUUCAGUUUCUAAGUCUCCAUUGACUACUAAAACCAUCCGAAACAUCUUUAUAACCACACCAAUAUCUUCUACGAUUUAUUCUACGUCUACUCCAGCUUUGACUACUUUGAACGAAAUUUCAACUACAACCGAGGCCGUUAAAAAGAUUGAGACAAAUACAAAGUUUUUAAAUGUCUCAAAAUUUAAGCCCAAGGAAAUAUGGAUCAAGCCGACUCAGAAAGGUAUAUCAACAGAAUUCAAAUUGAAAAUUAGUCCAAACCACGAACGAAUACCUAUAAGAAAUGGAAGUAAGAAUGAUUCAUCGUCAGAAAUAACUACUCCGAGGACAAUUAUAGUUUCUAUUAUACCCACUUCAGUAUCACAUGCUUCAUUUAAAAAAAUUGCAUUGACGACCGCCACUCACAUAGCUCGGAAUACGAAAACACAGAAAACGUACAACCAAAGUGUGGAAACUGGCUUUACAAGAUCCAUGGCAGCGACCCCUACUCAAGCACCCUUUACCAUAAAAAUAUUAACUACACGCCAAAGAAAUUUAUCCACCAUGACACCAAUUAUAAAAAAUGUUACAAAAACAAUGAUACCAAAGACGUCGUCUAAAAAAGCAUUAACAAAAAUUUCACCUGCCGCAAAACCUUCUAAUAUUACAAAGGUGGCUUUCACUACAUCAACACUGAAAAAUAAAUCAACUAACAGCAUGACGAAUCUUGCAAUUACAAAUCAAAAAUCUUUUUACAGCACUAACGCCAUAGCUUUACAAACUUCCACUAGCAAUGUUUCUGAAAUAACAACUAGAGCGACCAUAAAUUUAAAAGAUGAAAGAAAAUUCUUAAAAGACGAAAUAUUCAGAACUCCAGAGACCACCCAUGAAACGACUACUAAAAGAUCUAAAACAACUAACAUUACCGAACAAGUUAAAACUACUAUUCUUGUAAAAAUUCCACCAAAGAAGACUAAUCUGAGAAAUACAACUAAAACCAUUCCUAAUACAAUAACAACUGAGAGUCCGUCUGAAGAUGAAACAUUUCAUAUUUUAACAGAGCCGGAGCAUAUCACAGCAGUCAUGACCGAUAAGGAGAGAGAAAAAAAUUCGCUUGAUCUUAUUUCUGUUGUAAGUGUCGUUGGAGGUAUAAUGAUGGCAGUUAUAACAGUGGCUGUAAUAAUAGUUAUGUUUGAAAGGUGUAGGAGGCCUAGAUAUGAUGAUAUAAGGAAAAUACACGAUAUACAGAUGAGGGCUAUGAUGGGUAACGAUGAUCCGCCUCCGUAUGUAAGGAGCAUCUUUCAUACGCCAUUACCAGAGCCACCUCGUUCAGAAAAGUGCCACUAUCAACCAAUAUCCACAUUGGAUAGAAACUUGAAACAAUUUAUGAGGCCUGUAGUAGUACAAAACAUUUCACCGAUAAUGCUGGAAAACUUUCGAGGCAUUCUUGAAUGUCAUUAUGAUCACCUACCACAAAGAAGUCUAGAAGUAUCUGCUCGGUCAUCUAUCGCGCCAUCUAUUAACCAUGAGGAACAACACAGUCAUCGAACCUUAGCGGAGUAUACCAUUGACGCACUGAAAUGUGAAGCUAAAUUAGACAUUAUUGACAGUACAAAUGCUGAGCCAUUAUACGCCGAAAUCCCGUGUUGGAGGCCGCCAUCUGAACACGCUGUUGAAGUCAUGAAUUUAAACGGAGAAGCGGUCACGGAAUUAUGA